CUUUCAUUCUCUAGUUUGACACAUUUCUCCAGUGUAUUGUGUGGGUGUUUUUAGUGAAUAAUCAAUUAAAUUUGUUCGAUUAUUGAUUGUAAUUGUGUAUUGUCAAACCAUUUCAACCAACGUUUCAAAUUUCGGCGUUCAAACGGUGAUUAUAAUUGAUUUCCAUUCAGGAUAUACAGUGAAACUUAGUCGUUAUUAGAACACCAUUGCUGAAUAACAACAAAACUGGAGAAACCUCAUCAUCAUCACCAACACAAAAAUUCUUCAAAGCCAGUGAAACCUCUAUAAAAAUCUCUUGUAGCUGGAGUCUAUAAACAAGACAUGUGAGAGCUUGUGAUAGUUGCAAGAAGCUUAGAAGUUGUAGUUGAAAGUAUCACAUAGCAGAAGGCAACAGAAAGAAGUUGGAGAUAAGUGGAAGCAAGAUUGGCGGUAGUCACAUCACAUUCAAUAAUUCUGGAGACGUGGAAGGUCAAGGAGGUGAAGAGGCAGGGGGAAGGGUUGGAGAAGGGUGUGAAGUGCUGGACAAUGGGGGGACACCGACAGUGGCUGGUGGGGAAGAGAAAAAAGAGGAAGAAGACAGUGUCCGGCUGGUCAGGAACCAGCUGCGACAUCAGGAGGAGUUUGACCUCCAAGAUCAACAGGUGCCUGAUGUAGAUGCCGGUGAGGUGGCCGGAUGGUGCUGUCCCUCCAGAAGGGUGGACCUGAGCGGGGUUGAUCAGAUCCCAGGGUCAGAUUUGGUGGAAGCAUCAGGUUUACCAUCGGCAGGGAAUUUUCUGCAAAAUGGCCAUUCUGCAGCAAACUGUCAGGGUGAAGACGGUGCCUGCUGCUGUCCCUCGGGAAUGGUGGACCUUAGUAAGGAGAAGAUGUUCCAGGGUGCACAUUUGCUGGAGGGGAUGAGUGUGACUUGUGACAUGAGUGCCCAAAAUGGUGGCAGAAGUGAUUAUGUGAAUGAAGGGCAGUGGUUGGGGUUUCUGAGUGUGAAGUUGAGGGGAUGUGUGUUCAGGGAUCAUGGAGGAAUUGCGGCCUGGUUCAAGGUGGUCUGGUGUCUUCCUGAGCAGCAUGUGGUCACAGCUGAUGAUUGGAUUGGACUUUAUGCUGUUGAUGAAAGCAACCCCCUAAAGUUCCUAGCAAAAUACACCAAAGAUCUUGGGCAGACCUCAGGUAGUACUAUGUGGUUACUUGACCUGCCUCAACCCAAUAGCAACCUCGGUCAUCAAGACUUCUCCACCACCCCUCUCCACUUCCGCUACUACACUCGCCUCCCCCCACCACUUCUCCCUCCUCCUCACUCUCUUUCCUCCUCAUCAUCAUCCUCCUCACUCACCCUGGCUGCUCACUCUGAUCCGCCGUUCCAUCUGGACGCCAUCUUCCGGCAAGUGAAGGAAGCUCAAGACAAGUCUGAAGGGAGUCGGAAACGAGACGAGUCUGAAGGGAUUCGGAAACGGGAGGAACUGGAAGGGAUUCGGAAACGAGAGGAGCUGGAAGGGAUUCGGAAACGGGAGGAGCCGGAUGGGAUUCGGAAACGAGAAGAGUUCUUUGCAUGUCGGGAUCUGCUGCGGUUGCGAGGGGAUCGCGGAACUGGCACCAGUUCUGAGAGCGAGUCGGAUGCUGAAGGUACAUCUUCAAAAAAACGAUCAGGCAGCAGAAGGGGUUGGCGUUUCCUGAAAAAGAAAACAUCACUGCCCCAAUGGCUUCAAAUCCGGAAGUCAGAGGUGGAAACUGGAAGUAAACACAAAGAUACAGGAAGUGGUAGUAGUCAUGAUACAGCAGGAGCCAGUAGUCACAAGGAAACCGCUAGUAGCCACCAUAGAGAUUUCAGUAGUAGUGUGAAAGAAACCGGAAGUAGACACAAGGAAACCGGAAGUAGACAAAAGGAAACCGGAAAUAAGCAAAAGAAAACUAGUAGUAGUAGUCAUGUUUUAGUGGGUAGUAAGCAUAAGGAAACCGGGAGUAGGCAUAAGGAAAGUGGUAGUAGUCACGGAAAUAGCAUUAGAGAAACCGGAAGUAGACAUAAGGAGACCGGAAGUAGCUCAAGAGAAACCGGAAGUGGUCAAGGGGUGACCGGAAGUGAGCAAAAUGAAGAAGGCUGUUCAUCACAGCACUCAUCACGUGAUCUUCUGACAUGGAACUCGCAUGAAGCAGCCCAGAAAACCCUGGAUGUCUUGGAUGCUGAUCACAUUGAGUACUAUCCAAUAUGGAGUCAUCAGGUUGGGACUAGUGGUGAAGCAAGUGCAGCAGCUGCUACAUCUGUGUAUGAGACACUGUAUCCGGUGGCAGGGAGUGAUACACCUCCACCCCCUUUACCACCAAGAUCCUUCCCUCCCCGCCACCACCACAGACCAUUAGAACGAACACGUGCAGUGGAACCCUCUUCAAGACAACCACCACCAGAAGUCCUCAGGAAAAACAAACCGGGACCACUGCUACCACCUAGACCAAAGAAAAUUGUCCAUCCAGAAGACAGUUUUGGCUUUGAGAUUGUCGACACUGAUGAACUAUCAGGGCUGUCAUCAUUCCAAGACAGUGUAGACCAGGAGAUACAGCAGCAGCAUGUCAUGAACGACCUGCUCAAUGGUUUAGACCAAGUGGUGGCCACCUCAUUGCAACCCGGGGAUGUGUCUGUGAAACCCUGGGGUGUGGGUGUGUUGUCAGAAGUUGUUAUCUGGAAGGAUGGUGAGGGGUUUGCAGAGGGUGCUGCACCACUAGCAACCCCUGAAACAGAGGUCAGCUUCAAUGAGGGUGGUGGGUCGUUUGAGAUGGUUGGGACAGAAAUGGCCAGUUCGGAUGCUGAGGUGCAGAAUGGUUUGGGACCAAAGAACCUGCAACAGAGUGAUCCAGACACCAAUGCUGAGACACAACACUUGCUUGGAUUUGAUUUCAAAAGUGAGGAAGACCUCACCAGUAGUCCUCUGUUUAAGUUCUGCAAAAGGGCUGCCACAACAUCCUCACAUUUAGGUGCAACAAGUUCUGAAGAUGCAGUUGAUACUAGAAAUGCUCAGGAUGGGGAAAGCAGUGAAGAUGUGAGGAACAACAAUGGGAGUUGUCCUGUGCAACAAGCUAGUGUUGAUAGUAAUAGUUCUAGUGCUGUUACAGCCACCACAAGUGAUCUUAAAACAGUCAAGUCAGCAAAAGAGGGAAAUUUUGAAGAUGAUGCAAUAGUUCCCAGUAGUAGUGUGCAUCCUGUACCUAGUGAUACUAACUAUGUAGCUAGUGAUAGUGUGAACAAUAAUGAUGGUGAAAAUGUUGCCUUACUGCCGUCCAAAGUUGAAGAAAGUGCCGAGGAUGCAUCAGCUGAUCCAAACUUGCUUUUGGUGCCUGAAACAUGUUCUUCACAUGUGAGUAGUUUGUCUCCAAUGUCACCAGCUUCUGAUACUGACUUAGGUGCAACUUAUUCGGAGACGGUCUCUGUAUCUGCUGUGGGAACUUCUAAUUCUGAUCCUAGUCCUCCUAGAAUUGUUCCUAGAAUAUCUGGAACUGCUACUUCUGUUACUAAUUCUUCCAUGUCUGCUCCUGGAUCUUCUGCUACUGGAACUGAUUCUUCCAUUAUUGAUCUUGGUUCUUCUUCCACUGAAAUCUCCACAACUUUGGCUCAUGGAAAUAUUGAUGAUUCUAUGGAAACUGCUGAUUUGGCAUCAGGUUCUGCUUCCAAUAACUAUGAAACUGUUCCCGGUUCCUCAGGAACUGCUACUUCCACCCAUGGAACUGCCACUUCAGCAUCAGUAUCUGCCACUUCUGCUUCAGGAACUUCUACCCACACUCAUGGAACUGCCACUUCAGCAUUAGGAACUGCUACACCAACUUCAGGAACUGCUACUUCUGCAUCAGGAACUGCUCCAUCAACAUCAGGAAUCGCUCCUGGCACUUCUGGAACAGUUCUUCCAGCUCAUGGAACUGCCAUAGUUACCUCAGGAACCGGUGAUCCAGGAACUGUUACUUUCAUGGAAUCUGCUCCAGUUCCCUGUUGCAGUGGCCUUCCUGCAGUGGUGAAUGUGAAACCGGAAGUGAACAGGAGUUCCAGUUCUGAAUCGAUGGCUUCCGGCGGCGAGGUCAGUGACCUCAUGGCUGAAAGAAGGAGAGAGGAUGAGGAGAGGGAGAUGGGUGUAGAGGAGGCUAUGAUCAGAAUGCACAAGCCGUUGUCACGUCAGGUCAGCCACCCUCCCGACAACACAACAGCGCUACGAUACCAAAGACAACAACUAAAUCAUCCCUCUGACGUCACCGCUAUGACGUCACAAACGUUCAUGACGUCAUCUCCAAGACCACAGAACCGUCUGCUAAACAGAGUAGCAGCUAUUAGCAGUGCGCCUACCAGUCAUCUGCCUUCUACUUCAUAUUCUGGGACUUCUGGGCCUGGACCUUCUGGUCUACUGGACCUUUUGCUUCUGGGGCCUGGAUCUUCUGCUUCUGGACCUUCUGGGAUUCCUUCUACUGGAUCAUCUGUUUCUUCUUCCUCUUCUGCUACUUCUUCUUCUUGUUUGCCUCAGUGUCCCCCCACCCCUACCCAUCACGCGCGUCCGCAUACGAGAGCGUCUUUCCAGAGUCCUGUGUUGGGGAGAGCUGCUAAGGGAGGGUUGGCUAAUACAUCUCUACUCCUACGAGGCGAUGCCGAUACCCUAUACCACAGUACCACAUCUGGCGUCUCUAACCACAAUCAUAUAAGGCUAUCUAACAAUACACCACAGAACCAACACAGUCUAACAUUUCCAGAAAGUUCUGCAUCCUCCUCCUCCUCAACAACUGUUCUAUGCCAGAACGGAGAUGAAGGAGGAGAAGCUGGAGGAGGAAGUGGAGGAGUAGGAGGAGGAAGUGGAGGAGGAGGAGGAGGUGUUCUAAGGAAUAUGGGACAGCAACAUGUGGUGACAACUAGAUUGCCUUCAAUUCCUGAAAGGAGUAUUAAACACCAGAGGUUGGAGCUGGGAGCUGAUGAAGAACCCUUACCGCCUUGCUGGGAAGCUCGUAUCGACAGUCACGGUCGUAUCUUCUACAUAGACCAUGUGAAUCGCAUGACCACCUGGCAGAGACCAACUGGUCGACCUUUGACCUCCAAUGACCUUCAACGUCAACAGCUUGACAGACGUUAUCAAAGCAUCAGACGCACCAUCACCUCACGUCGUAGUGAACUCGACGACAAUGCCACACCUUCUUCAUCCUCAACAGCCAAUGACAGCACAGAUGGCAAUGCUGGCUCCGCCCACUCUUCCUCGUCAACCAAUGGCAACUCUGGACAGUCGUCUUCGAUGGCCAAUGGUAGUUCUGGCCCCGCCCAUUCGUCCACAUCAGCCAAUGGGAACGCAGGACACUCCUCUGGAUUGGCCAAUGGGAGUAGUUCAGGACAUAGUCACCAAUCUGAUAUGAGUCAGAUGCCUGCUGUCAAGUUUAUAUCGAGGCCAGAUUUCUUCAGUAUUUUGCAUAUGAAUCAGGACGCCCUAACCCUCUACAAUCGUAACGGAUCUCUGAAGCACAUGAUAUCGAAGAUCAGACGAGAUGCCUCGACGUUUGAGCGCUACCAACAUAACAGAGAUCUGGUUGCGUUGGUAAACCUGUUCGCUGACAACGUCAGGGAUCUGCCCAGGGGGUGGGAGACAAAAUUCGACCGCAGUGGCAAGGUGUUCUUCAUAGACCACACCAACAAGACGACCACGUUCAUGGACCCCCGUGUGCCGACAGAGACUCCCUACCUGCAUCUGUCGGCCCACAAGAUGCUGAAUGCCAACGGAGCCCGGAGACGCAGUCAUAGUGCAGGGGAACAUGACUUCGGAUUUGUCCUCGCUAAUAAUCGAGCGCCAGUGCCGCCACCAAGACCGGGCACGACUUCCAGUUGGACUUGGACCUCGGCUGGCAGCGAGGACAUCCCCUCGGCCUACAACGACAAGGUGGUCGCCUUCCUCAGACAACCCAACAUCGUCCACAUCCUCGCGGAGAGACAUCCUCAGCUUAACACCAAUCAUCUCCUAAGGGAUAAGGUGAAUGCAGUAAGAGUGGAAGGAACGGCAGCAUUAGACAGACUCAGCUGCGAUGUAGAGUUGACCAUUUUAAUGAGCCUCUUCGAGCAAGAAAUAAUGUCCUACAUCCCGGCCGGUCGCUCACAAUCGCCGCGCUGCGUUCAGUCGGCGGGGGGCGUCAACGGGGCCACCACUCUAUCCCAGCAGCAGUCGGCUUUAUCCCAGCAACAGCAGCAGCUUUCGCCACAGGCGUCGCCGGGUGUGUCGCGUGCCAAUGCCAGGGCUCCGGCGCCCUACAGGAGGGACUUCGAGGCCAAACUCACCAACUUCUACCGCAAACUGGAGUCCAAGGGGUACGGGCAGGGACCGGGCAAACUCAAACUGCACAUAAGACGCGAACAUUUGCUGGAAGACGCGUUCAACAAGAUAAUGUGUGCCAGCAAGAAGGAUUUGCAGAAAUGCAAGCUCUACGUGCAAUUCGACCAUGAGGAGGGCCUCGACUACGGUGGGCCCUCCAGGGAGUUCUUCUUCCUACUGUCGAGGGAACUGUUCAAUCCAUACUAUGGUUUAUUCGAGUAUUCUGCUAAUGACACUUACACUGUUCAGGUUUCUCCGAUGUCAGCGUUCGUAGACAACCAACACGAGUGGUUCAGGUUUAGUGGAAGAGUUCUGGGACUGGCUUUAGUGCACCAGUAUCUAUUGGAUGCAUUCUUCACCAGGCCAUUCUACAAGGCACUGUUAAGGCUACCAGUAUCUCUAAGUGACUUGGAGUCACUAGACAGCGAGUUCCACCAAUCUCUUCUGUGGAUAAAGGAGCGCGACAUUUCGUCUGAAGUUUUGGAUUUGAACUUUGCAGUCACCGAAGAGGUUUUCGGGCAGGCGGUCGAGAGGGAGCUCAAACCGGGUGGAAGGAAUAUACCUGUCACCGAGAAGAAUAAGAAGGAAUACCUGGAGAGGGUAGUUCGUUGGCGUUUGGAGCGAGGCGUGUCUCAGCAGACGGAGUGUUUGGUGCGAGGCUUCUAUGAGGUGGUCGACCCCAGGCUGGUGGCUGUAUUCGAUGCAAGGGAACUCGAGCUGGUCAUAGCUGGCACGGCUGAGAUAGACCUCGCUGAUUGGAGGACGCACACUGAGUAUAGAUCUGGUUACCACAAUCAACACCCUGUGAUAAUGUGGUUCUGGGCCGCCAUGGAGCGAUUCAGCAACGAGCAGAGACUUCGGCUGCUGCAGUUUGUGACGGGGACGUCGAGUGUGCCCUACGAGGGCUUCGCGGCACUCAGGGGGUCCACCGGGCCCCGCAAGUUUUGUGUCGAGAAGUGGGGCAAGCCUAACAGUCUGCCAAGGGCCCAUACCUGUUUCAACCGUUUGGAUCUACCACCCUACCCUACUCCGGAUAUUCUCUACGAGAAACUACUUCUGGCCGUUGAAGAAACAAACACCUUUGGCAUAGAGUAAGAGGUAAAACAUCGACGAAAUCUCCCUAUUUAUCGUACAAACCUCGUACUAUUCAGUAUAUUUUUGGCUCCAAAUCACUGUGGCUAAGUAACGUACCCCCGGGGCUGCCCUCGGAUGGGUGUUCGCUUGCACGAGGCUCUUUAUGUCUCGUACAAACCUUGUACUAUUCAGUAUAUUUUUGGCUCCAAAUCACUGUAGUCAAGUCACGUACCCUCGGGGCUGCCAUCGGAUGGGUGUUCGCUUGCAAAGGGCUCUUUAUGUCUCGUACAAACCUUGUACUAUUCAGUAUAUU